AUGAUCUCAUUGUCUGAAAAUAUUGAGAAAUUCGUGGAAAAUUGCCAAAAUUUCGACGAAUUGCCGCAUUGUUUCGAUGACACUUUGGUGGAUAAAUUGGUGGAAUCGGUGAAAUUUGAUGGUGAGCACGGAAUUCGGCGUGAAAAUCACCCUAGAGCAAUAUUUGGCUCCAAAAUUGUGCAUUUUUUCCAGCUCCCACCAUUUUGCUCAUCGAAAAAUUGCUCGAAAAUCUGGAUUUUGAGGGAAGAUGUGUGCCGAUUCAAAUCACCAUCAGGUUACUGGAAUCAGCAAUUAGACAUGGGGUAAGUUUGCCACGUGGCAAAAAAUUCCACGUUUUUUGACACCAAAUUUGGCUGGGCUUGAAAUUCACCAGAGAAUUCACCAGAAAUAUCACCAGAGAAUUUGAAAUUCAAUAAAUUUUUCAUUUUUCAAAAUUCCACGUUUUUGGACAACAAAUAUGGCUGGGCUCGAAAAUUUGGAAAUUUUCACUGUUUCAAAAUUUUUUUACCCAGAAAGCUUCAAAUUUUGGACCCAAAAAAUUCACUGUUUCAAAAAUUUUAUAUUAUUUUUCGCGUUUUUUUCAAUUAGUUUUUUCGUCUACUCACUCCUUAUCAAAAUCAAAUUCUGAAUUCUCGAAAAAAAAUUUUAAAUGUUUAAAAUGUGACGUGGAAAAUUUAAUUUUGAUCGAUUUUUGAUUAUUUUCAGUGAUUUUCUUUAAAAAAAAUUAACUGUUUCACACAUUUUAUAAUAAUAUUUUUGCAUUUUUUUUUCAAUUCCUACUGGGUUUAUCACUCUCUCAAAAAAAAAUCUGAAUUUUCAAGCUUAAGCUUUUUCAUUCUAAAUAAAUCCAAAAUUUUCAGACGUGCAACUAGCCUAGGUACAAAAUACUGAAAAUAUUCUGAAUUGCCACGUCAUAAUCCACUUUUUUAUUUUUAGGAAAAAACGUUUGUGAAUUUUUCACUGUUUCAAAAAUUUCAUAAUUUUAAAUUUUCAGACUUACAGGAUUGCAUUUUCUAAAUAAAUUACAAAUUUUCAGAUGUACAAAUAGCCUCGGUACAAAUUGAACAUUUUACCCAAAAAUGAUGGAGAUUCAAUCAAAAUUCAACCAUUUUUUUCAAUUUAAAAAAAAUUCACUGUUUCAAAAAUUUGAUAUUUUUUCAAUCAUAUUUUUCAAUGUGAUCAUUGUUUUAUCUACGGAAUUCAAAAUUAACUAAAUUUUUCACUUAAAAAAAUCAAAUCUUUUAUGAAAUCCACAUUUUUUGACACAAAAUUAGUCUAAAUUUGUAUUUAAAAAGUUCACUGUUUCAAAAAUUUUAUAAUUUUUUCCGCAUUUUUUUUUUGAAUUCGUUUUUUCAUUGAAUAUUUUCUGAUACUAAAUUCAUUAAUUUUUCCAAUAAAAAAUUCACUGUUUCAAAAACUUUUUGUUUUUAAAUCAUUUUUUUCGAAUUCGAUUUGAGGGUGCUAUUUUCGAAACUAUAAUCUACUCUGAAUUUUCAAGCUCAAGCUUAUUUAGUCCCAAUAAAAAUCCCAAAUUUUCAGGCUUCGAAAUAGCCUAGGCCUAAAAAUUCGACCCAAAAAUAUGAAAAUUAAAAUUCUCCAAAUUUUUACUUCAAAAAAGUUCACUGUUUCAAAAAUUUGAUAUUUUUUUCAAUCAUUUUUUUCAAUUUGAUUAUUGGUGUAUCGAUGAGAAUUCAUAUAUCACUAAAUUUUUCACUUAAAAAUUCAAACUUUCAAAGAAAUCCUCAUUUUUGACACAAAAUAAGUCGAUUUCUCUUUUUUUUUCUGAAAAAAAAUUUGACUGUUUCAAAAAUUUUAUUAAAUUUUUGCAAUUUUUUCCAAAAUUCGAUCAUUUUUCUAUCGCUAUAGAAUUAGAAUUCAAAAUUCACUAAAUUUUUCAUUCAAAAAUUCCACGUUUUUUUGACACUAGAAAAUUUGUGUUUUCACUGUUUCAAAAAUUUUAUAAUAUUUUUCGCGUUUUUUUUGGAAUUCGUUGUUUCUUCUAGCUACUCCAUAGCAAAAAUCUGAAUUUUCGGAAAAAAAUGACGUGGGACAUUUAAUUUUGAUCAAUUUUUGGCCAUUUUCAGUGAUUUUCACUGAGAAAAAAAUUCACUGUUUCAAAAAUUUUAUAAAUUUUUUGCAAUUUUUUCAAUUCUUCGAUAAGUGUCUCUUAUGGGGUGAGUCAUAAAAAUAAAUUGACAAAAAAAGUGCGAUUAAUUUCACGUUUUUUGUCAAUUAAUCGCAUUUUUUCAGAAAUUUUUCAGAAAUGAGUGCGAUUAAUUGUCAAAAGACGUGAAAUUAAUCGCACUUUUUUUGUCAAUUCAUUUUUAUGACUCACCCCAUUAAAAAACUCUGAAUUUCCAAGCUCAAGCUUAUUUAGUCCCAAUAAAAAAACCCAGAUUUUCAGGCUUAGAAAUAGCCUAGGCCUAAAAAUUUAACCCAACAAUGAUGAAAAUUUAAAAUUCAAACAUUUUUUCAAAAUUCACUGUUUCAAAAAUUUUAUAAUAUUUUUCGCAUUUUUUUGAGUUAGUUUUUUCAUUGAAUUAUUUCCUGAUACUAAAUUCAUUAAUUUUUUGUUUAAAAAAAUUCACUGUCUCAAAAAUUUUAAUAAUAAUAUUUUUGCAUUUCUUUUUUUCAAUUUGAUUAUUCUUCUAUCCCUAAAGAAUUCAAAAUUCACUAAAAUUUUCAUUAAAAAAAUCACUGUUUCAAAAUUUUCAUAACAUUUUAUAAUUUCUUUUGUAAUUUAAUGUUGACUUUUUUUUUUGUAGGCCUACAAAAUCAACCCUCAACUUCAAGAUCUGCUCAUCGAAAGCGAGCAACUUCUCCUUCAAAAUCGACCAGCCAAACUCAUCGACGAUCUAUUCAAUUUCUACUCAAGUCCCCAAAUUUUCGAGUCUCGAAAAGCUGAAAAUUGGCUGAAAAUCAUUCAUUGGUCGUUGAAUCAAAUCGAUGAACCACAAACUUCAGUUUUUGUUAGAAGAACUCUGCAGAAAUUCAUUUGUCGAUUGAAUUUGGGAGAUGCGCGCAGAUUGAUGAUUAUUAGUGGAGUUGUGCAGAUUUUUGUGAGAAAAGUGGGUGAUUUUGGUGGAAAAAUUGUGAAAAAUGAGGCCGGGGACUAGAAAACCAAACUAGUCCCCGACUUCAAAUAAAAACAAAGUUAAAAAUUUGGAUUUCUAGUCCCCGAUGAACAUUAUUGCACCUAGAAACUCGUGGACUAGAAAAAUAAUUUGAAAAACUAGUCCCCGGCUAUCAAACCUAUAGGGACUAGGUUUCAAAUUGUAAUUUCUAGUCCACGAUGAAGUGGUGGACUAGAAAAAUAAAUUAUGAAAACCUAGUCCCCGACUUCAAAUUAACAAAAAAAGCCGAAAAAUUGCAUUUUGAAAUCGGGGACUAGAAACCCCACCUGAUUUUUCUAGUCCCCGACUUCUAAUUAUCAUUUUAUGUACCUAGAAACAUUGUGGACUAGAAAAACAAAUUAAGAAAACCUAGUCCCCGUCUUCAAAUUAACAAAAAAGUUAAAAAUUUUGCAAUUUGAAGUCGGGGACUAGAAAGCCUACCUGAUUUUUCUAGUCCCCGACUUCUAAUCAACAUUUUUGCACCUAGAAACAUUGUGGACUAGAAAAAUAAUUUGAAAAACUAGUCUCCGACUUCAAAAAUCUAUUUUCAAAAAAAAAUCAAUUUGAAGUCGGGGACUAGAAAACCCACUAUUGGAAACCCAGUCCCCGCCUUCAAAUUUUAUAUAUUUUUUGUUCCAGAUCGAUUCAAUACACAUCAUCGAUCCGCUCACCAAAAUCCUCGAAUAUUUUGUGUCGGAACUUGUUCCCGAAGAAUCGCUAAGCAUUGUUGACACAAUUCGAAACAGUGCUCGACAAUUGGGUCUCAACACGAUCAAAUUAUUGGUGAAAUUACAAAAGUGAGGGAUUUUUGAUAUGAUUUUUUUCGAAAAAAAAAUUGGGCCCAAUUUUUUUCCAGAACCCACCCAGGCCUCAUAAUUCCCUACACUCCGGACAAAUGGAAAUACGAGUCGAAUCGAGUUGAGGCAAUUGUGCAUUUGCUCGAAGAGCCCGCUGUUGGAGCUGAGGAACAGGCUCAAAUGGUCGAAAUGGUUACUGUAUCAUCUGCUUUUCGUAUUUAUCAUCAGAUUUUGAUUAUUCAACAUAUGACGGAUGCGGUGAGCGAUUUUUUUGAAGUCGGGGACUAGGUUUUAAUAAUUGGUUUUUCUAGUCCGCCACUUCAUUGAAAUCGAAAACUUGUCCCUAAAGGUUUCUAUAGCUGGGGACUAGUUUUCACAAAUUAUUUUUCUAGUUUUUGAAGUCGUGGACUAGGUUUCUAAUAGUGGGUUUUCUAGUCCCCAGCCUCAUUUUGCACUAUUUUUUCAUCAAAAUCACCCACUUUUUUUUCAAAAAAAAAUUUUUCACUGUUUCAAAAUUUUUUUAAAUCAAAUUUGGCGGGUUUUGAAUGGGGGACUAGAAUUUUAAAAUAUGGAAAACUAGUCCCUCCUGGAUUUUUGGAAGAAAAAUCAAGUUCUAGCUCGAUUUUUCGUGAAAAAAAUUUUUAUUUCAAAAAAAAUUUCACUGUUUCAAAAUUUUCUCAAAUGUUUUUGGAUCAAAACUAACUCGAUUUUUUACGGAAAGUACCCACGAUCCAAAUUUUUCUAAAUUUUGUUUUCCGCGUUUCCGGAAGCUGCGCGGAAAUCCACAGUAUCCCUCCGAUUUUUCCAGCAAAUCGACGAAUUUCUCCAAAAUCUCGAAAUCCGCACCAAUGAUCGUCGUCUGGUUCGAAUCACCGAUUUGGCAUUGCUCAUACCAAAGCUCAAGGGAAAAGUUGGAAGUGAACGGAUUUUAAGAUUUUUGGAUCAUCUUGGAGACCGAAUUCUUGUGAGUUUUUUGGCUGAAAAUUAACUUUCACUGGCUGAAAAUCCACGUGUUUUUUCCAGGAAUCCACAGCGAUUUUCGAGGCUCUGAAAUCGAGUUUUGGUGAAGAAAUCUUGGCAAAACACCAGAAAACCAGGGAUUUAUUGACACGUGGUUUACACCAAGAAAAUAUUGAUUGUCAGAUUUUGGACACGUGUCUUGAAGCGGCUUGGAUGUUUCCAUGUUUUCUACCCACGCAGGAGGAAGUUAUGCAAAUUGUUUUGAGAAAAUCGAGCGAGAGCUCGCCGUAUGUGCUCACGAGUUGUUUGAAAGUGAGUUUCAGACAGAAAUUUUUCCAGAUUUUUUGAAUAUUCGUCGGUAGAUUGGAAUAGAAUCAAUAGUUGUGUGAAGGAAAAAUUUUAUCACGAAAUUUUGAAAGAGUGAUUUUUUUUCGCAAAAAAAUUGAAUUUUGAUCCAAAAAAUUUGAGGGAAUUUUGAAACAGUGAAAUUUUUUAGGCAUACAUACAUGGCAUCUUUGCCCAACGGACCCUCCAUGUAAUGAUCCCCCCUCCCCAAAAUUUUGAAAUGUCAUGAUCCCCCCUCAAUUUUUUUUCGUCAAAAAUUUGAAAAAAUAAAUGGUGAAAAAAAUGAAAAAAAUCAAAGAGAGAGGGGGAGUUUCAUUUUUGACAUAUUUUUCAGGUUCGAUAAUUUGGAAACUAGUGCUUUAGGAAUAUCGGAUGUAGAGAAAGGGCGAAGAAUUCGACGGAUAUCAUUCAUUGGCUAAUUAUUCUUAUUUUAUUUCUAAAAUUCUCAAUUAUAUUUUUCUAUAUCCUUCUAAAAUAAAAAAUGAGUUUAUUGUAGUAAGUUCCUUUCAGAAAUCUUCAUGCAAUGAUCAUGCUCAACCCUUCUGAACAAUUCCAUAUAAAUUAUAGACAAUGCGUUAUUUAUUUGAUAAUCAAAUUGAAACUCAAAAAAUAUUGAAUUAGAAAACAAAAAGAAAAAAGUGGAUUCCACCGAGGAUUCGAUCCAAAAACCGUCUGAUUAUUACGCGCGAUCUCUACCGACUUGACCAUGAGGCAACUUUUUUCACACGUUUAUUUUUAAGUGAUAAAAAAGGGAUAGAAGGGGGAGAUAAAAUGAAAAAGAGAAGGAGAAGCGGAAAAAAAUCAUGAAAUUUUUGAAAAAUUACCAUUUUUUAUCGAAUUUCGCCGAUUUUGUUAUAUGUUCCGACUGUAUAAGUAACUUAAGGAUGGUAGAAAGCGAAUGUCUGUUAAAAUUAUCUCAAAAGAUGGCUUAUUUCUUGAGAUAUGAUCCCCCCCAAAAUGACAUAGCAAAACGGCUUCGAUUUUGGGGGGGAUCAUAUCUCAAGAAAUAAACCUUCUUUUUAAGAUAAUUUCGACAGACAUUCCUUUCUACCAUCCUUAAGUUACUUAUACAGUCGAAACAUAUAACAAAAUCGGCGAAAUUCGAUAAAAAUGGAAAUUUUUCAAAAAUGUCAUGAUUUUUUUCCGCUUCUCCUUCUCUUUUUCAUUUUAUCUCCCCCUUCUAUCCCUUUUUUAUCACUUAAAAAUAAACGUGUGAAAAAAGUUGCCUCAUGGUCAAGUCGGUAGAGAUCGCGCUUAAUAAUCUGACGGUUUUUGGAUCGAAUCCUCGGUGGAAUCCACUUUUUUUCUUUUGUUUUCUAAUUCAAUAUUUUUGAGUUUCAAUUUGAUUAUCAAAUAAAUAACGCAUUGUCUAUAAUUUAUAUGGAAUUGUUCAGAAGGGUUGAGCAUGAUCAUUGCAUGAAGAUUUCUGAAAGGAACUUACUACAAUAAACUCAUUUUUUAUUUUAGAAGGAUAUAGAAAAAUAUAAUUGAGAAUUUUAGAAAUAAAAUAAGAAUAAUUAGCCAAUGAAAGGUAUCCGUUGACCUCUUCGCUCGUUCUCUACAUUCGAUAUUCCUAAAGAACUAGUUUCCAAAUUAUCGAACCUGAAAAAAUAUGUCAAAAAUGACCACAUGCAAAAACCCAAUUUUUUUUCUAGCGUACCGAUUUCACUUUGAAAAAAAUUUAGAUUUUUUGUAUGUAAUGUCAUGAUCCCCCCUCGAAAAUUUUUUCCAAAUGUCAUGAUCUCCCCUCACAAUUUUGAGAGCAGUGCCAUGUAUGUAGGCAUAAAAUUUUUUUUCCAAAUUUUUCAGAAAAUUCUGAAUUUUUUGGAUUAUUUUGAAUAAAGUCAACAUUUUUGUUUUUUGGAAUAAAUUUAUCACGAAAUUUUGAAACAGUGAUUUUUUUUCCAUCAAAAUUUUUUGUAAAAAGUUCCCAGACUCAAUUUUUGUGCUGAAAACCGUGGAAUUCUUCAUUUUCAGCAUUUUUCUGAUUUUCAGCGCAAAAUUUGAGAUUGAAAAAUGAUAACUCAGCACUUUUCUUUGAUUCCAAAAAAUUUGAGAGAAUUUUGAAUCAGUGAAAUUUUUCAGAUUUAAAUUUUUUUUUUAAAUGUUUUGUGAUUUUCAGAUUUUUCAUGAAAAUUCUGAAAUUUCAGACGCUUUCAUAAAAAGUUCCGAGACUCAAAUUUUGUGCUGAAAAACCGUGGAAUUCUUCAUUUUCAGCAUUUGUCAGCGAUUUUCAGCGCAAAAUUUAAGUAUAAAAACUUUUUUGAUCCACAAAAUUUUGAGAGAAUUUUGAAACAGUGAUUUUUUUCAUAAAAAUUUUAUCCUAAAAAGUUCCUAGACUUAAAUUUUGUGCUGAAAAACGUGGAAUUCUUCAUUUUCAGCAUUUUUCAGCGAUUUUCAGCGCAAAAUUUAACGAAAAAUGAGAAGUCAGAAUCAGCACUUUUCUUUGAAUCCAAAAAAUUUGAGAGAAUUUUGAAACAGUAAUGGGGUGAUUCAGUCGAAUUAAUCGACGUGAAUUUGUCAAUUAAUUGACAAAAAAUCCGAGUCUUUUAGGGCGAUUAAUUUCACGUUUUUGUCAAUUCCUCGCUUUCAUUUCUUGGCAAAAAAUGCAAUUAAUUGCAUUAAAAAUAAAAUUUAUUUGACCUAUAUUUCAAAACGUGACCUAUAUGAGUUGGAAUUAUCAACAAAAACUCAUCUUCUCUCAAUUUUAUUUCAUUUCGAAAUGAAUCCAAAAAAUAAGCAGUGAAUUUGGGACACGUUUCAAAAAAGAGGUCAAAUAAAUUCUAUUUCGUAUUGAAAUUCCUCAUUUUUGAAUGCAAUGAAUUGCAAAAAAAUAUGGAAUUAAUCGACAAAAACGUGAAAAAAUCGCACAAAAAUGACUCGGAUUUUCUAUUAAUCGUAAAAAUUUCGAAUUGAAUCACCCCAUAAAAAAUUUCAGUCAAAAUUUUUUUUUCAGAUUUUUUGUUCCCAGACUUAAAUUUUGUGCUGAAAACCGUGGAAUUCUUCAUUUUCAGCGAUUUUCAGCACAAAAUUUAAGUAUGAAACGAAAAUUGAUAAAUCAGCACUUUUCUUUGAUUCCAAAAAAUUUGUUAAAAUUUUGAAACAGUAAAAAAUUUCACACAUCAAUUUGUUUCUUUUUUUUCAAAUUUUGAUCUUUACAGUAGUUCCAAAAGAUUUUUUAUGGAGAUUUUCAGAUUUUUCAGAAAAUUCUGGAAUUUUAGACAUCCAACAUGAAAUAAUUUCUGAAAAUCAUCAAAAAUAGGUCAUGUUUGGUGUCUAAAAUCUUCAAAUUGUCUGAAAAUCAUCAAAAACCUGUCGUGUUUGGUGUCAAAAAUCUGGAAAUUUUCUGAAAACCCCAAAAAAAUCACGAAUUUCCCAGAUCCUCCGCGACUAUUUCGGUGGAAUUCCCAUGGAAAUCGCUCAAAACAUCGUGCAAAACUGCGUCGAUCCUCCACCGCGACUUUUAACAAUGCAAUGGCUCAAUGAAACCGACGAGAAAAUCGAUGAACCCGAAAAAUUGAUCGAAUCAUGUUUAGAGGAUCUGGAUAUGGAAUUGAGGGCAGAGGCGAUGAAAAUGGCCAGGAAAUACUGUGCAGCAAACAAUAAUAUUGAAUUGGUUCUAAGGGAAUGGAUUGAGGUACUGUAGAUGGCUCUGAAGUUAGCCUAAGUCUCAAAAAAAAAUGUUUUAAAUUUUUUUAGGACAAAUUUAUUGGCUCUGAAUGUCGUGAGAUAAUCGGGUUACCUCCCUUUGAAAAUCCAGACGAGACCAUUUUGAUCAUUGAGGAAAUGCUAAGCGCCUUGAAAGUUCAGCCGAAUGAUGAUGACGUCAUGGAUUGUUAUUGA